CCGAGAAGAGGCCCCGCCCCUUUCUCUUCCCUCGGACUGCGGGGGGGGAGGGGCGUCCCGGCUCGGCAGGAAGCCCGGCGCCGGGCAGGUGAGGGGAGGGGGGGGGGCAGAGCCGAGCUAACUGCGAGGUCAGUUCAGUACAGUGGCACCUCGGGUUACAGGCGCUUCAGGUUACAGACUCGGCUAGCCCAGAAAUAUUACCUCGGGUUAAGAACUUUGCUUCAGGAUGAGAACAGAAAUCGUGCUCCGGGGGCGGCGCGGCAGCAGCAGGAGGCCCCAUUAGCUGAAGUGGUGCUUCAGGUUAAGAACAGUUUCAGGUUAAGAACGGACCUCCGGAACGAAUUAAGUACUUAACCCGAGGUACCACUGUAUUUGUAUUUACUUGAUGGGGGCAACUGCCCCCCCUGCUCCGCCCCUGGUUGAGGCCUGCUUCUGUGUGCAGUUACUCAGAAGUAAGCCCUGCCGAGUCCAGUUGGACUACCUCCGUAGUAAGUGCAGAGCAGAGCUCCUGCGUAAGUUUCCUACCGGAUAAAAUCUUCUUCUUCUUGUUUUUUAAGUGCUUCAAUUGGAUUGCUUAACCUUGGAUUGCAAGCGUGCUGCCGGAUCACGUGCCUUGUUUCCCACGAGUAAGUCGCAUCGAAAGGGGUUUGGUCCCAGGUAGGUGUGUCUCAAGGGACAUUCCUUCCUUUUUGGUGUAAACAGUUUGUGCCAUGAAAUCUUUGCUUGGUGUAUUUCAGAGCUGCUGUUUAGUGGAGGUCGCAGGAUUUGCCCACAGUGCCUCCAAAAUAAAAUCGUGUUAGGAGAGGAACCAAAUGGAGGUCAAACUCGGUGUCCAAACACCUUGGACUAAAUGGCCCUCAGGGGUCCCUUCCAACGCUGCAGUUCUAAUGCUGUGAAGUGGCUUGAACUAAUUUAUUAUCACUGCAAACCUGCAUUGCGUAGCAGGAUUCUACUGUAAGCACACCUCUGCAGUUUGUUCUUUUUUAUUACUGUGUUUUAAGGGUUUUGUCCAAUGUUAGUUCCACUCAGAGUAGGCCCGCUGGAAUUAAUAGACAUGACUAAAUUUGGUUCAUUAAUUUUGGUGGGUCUAUUCCGAGAAAACAAUUGGAUAUAACCCUUACAAUGAAGUAGUACAAUAAAAUGGCUUGUUGAACAAUGUCCUCAAUCCAUCUAUCUCUCAAAACUAUAGACCCUUCUUGUGUGAAAUCACUUUCCACUUCACCAAAUCCUGUUGCACAAUACAAAGCAACAGCUACUGCAGAGAGCUAUCUACAUAAAGACUGAGCAAAUGCACAUGAGAUUAUAUACUAAGGAGCAGUAAUAAAAAAAACCACAAUGUAUAAGAGUACGUAGUCAUAUUGACAAUCCUUUGGAUUCAUCCUUGGUCAGCAGAUAAGAGCAGUAGCCAACUACUGCCUGUUUGCACUACUAUACCUUAAUAAUGAUGUUCUCUGAAUUGUGGUAUAAUUGAGAUCUAAAAAUAAAUUGGGAUCUGUAUGAUUAAUAUUUGUGUUUGUUUUAUUUUAGUUUGGGAUAAGAAUGGCGAUAUGGAGGGAAACAGAAGUAGAACAAAAUAUGUUUAAGAGAACUUUAUUUUGGGAUAAAGGAAGUAACAGCACCAUGAGAAUGUUAGUAAGUAUAAUGCAUUUAAUAUUUUUAGUGGAUCCUUUUAUUUACUUAAUCCGCACUCAGAAACAAUACUUAGAUUAUGUACCCCAUGGACACAAAGAUGGGUUUACCAUAAAGCCACAGGACAGGAAGAAAGCUGGGAAACCAGCAAGAUAAUGGAGUGAAUUCCCCACAUUUUCCACAUGUCUACUUUAGCCUAAUAGAUUCAGCAUCAAGUUUAGUCCAGCAGGAAAGGAGAAAAAAUCUAGCAUUCUCUGCUUCUGCAUGGGGAAAUCAUAACUGUCUACUGGAGGUCCUUCUGCUUUUCCUUUGGAAAGGGGCACCUGUUGUAAUGCCUCUGUCUUGAGAGACAGGAAUGAAGCUAACUCCAGGAAUGAAGUUAAAUUACUGGAGAAACACAGUGACUGCAAGGACUGGUAACUCAUAACUGCUGCCUGCUGCAUUGUUUUUUCUGCAUUAGCAGCAGCAAGGUGACCUCUCCAGGGUGGAAGCCUGGUUAGUGUGUAUGGAGGUCCUGGGCUAUCCAGGUGACAAGAACCCCCACUGUGCCUUGCUGGUGUCGUCCAAAGGAAAGCAGAGCAAUACAUUUGGCACCAGCUUAGCUACAGGACUUGCCAGGAGGCGGCGUACAAGGCACCAUCCAGCUGUUUUAGCAACUCCACUCUGGAUUUGUGUAUGGUUUAUUCCUUAGCCUUUUCUUCUCCCAAUGGUGUCCCACAAGGCAGUGGGUGCAGAUUUUUGCUCAGGGUUUACUCCUGAAGCCUUUCUCAUACAUGAGCAUAGCCGCAAGGCAGUGGGGAAUUAGGAUCAGAGUUUUCCUUCUCUUAGAUGGGCUCCCUUCCCAGAUUGAUGAGAUCCAUCUGCCCCUCAUUUCCCUCUACAGCGCAUGCAGAAACUGCCAUUUUGCUCCAUUGGACCCACUAUUGGUCUCGUCCACUCAAUCUGCUGAAGCCUAUCCUCGCAUGCAGGGGAAGUCCCUAAUUCAUUGAGGUUUUGAGACCCAACAGCUGGCCAGUCGAAGCUGUUUCCCGGGGUAUGGUUGCUGUCACAUGCUGACAGCCUAGGAGCCACAGGUGAGAGCUGAGUGUAGGGUGGGAACCGAAGAUGGACAAACUAAGCCAGAAGGAGCACGACAUGUCCCACACCAGAGGUACUACCCAACCCCAAACCCCCUGUUUGUAUUCAGACAAAAAAGACCUGCUUCUGCCUUGAUUUCCACAGUAAAAAAAUCAAUUGCUCCCAUGCAGGAGUUUUUUCUUGGAGCCUACCAAACUACAGAAUACAGACUUAGCUAUUCCUUGAGCAUUUCUUUACAAAUAAUAACUUACAUAUGUUCUGAUUGAUACACUGUCUACAGAAUUCCCCACAACAAGCUCCCUGUUGUUUUUUAUACUUGUCUGUUUUUUCACAUUGCUUGCCUUUUUUGUCCUGGCAUAUAAUUUAUUGCAGCUUCUAAUUGCUUUACAAGGGAAAUAUAAGGUUCAGGUCUAAGCAAGGAGUACAGAGUAGAUAACCACGCAGUUUGAUAUCAUUAUCUUUAUUCCAAAGUCCAGACUGGACUUUUAAGUAUCAAUGCUGAUAUUCAGUAACUAUGAUGUGCUGUUUAUCCAUGCUGCUGAAGCAAAUUGUGGAAGUGCACUUCAAUCUAGUUUCUCAAGGAGAAGUAUUAACCUGCUUAUCAAUACCCAGUACUACUUUCAAGAACAAUAUUGGUGUGGAAAGCCUGCUUUGCCUUGAAAUAUCAAUUUGAUAUAUCUUUGUGAGAGAGAGGAAUGUGAUGUUCAUUUCAGUUAUUGGUUUUGGUAUUUUCAUGCCACCAUUAUGCCAAAGCACUCACAGUAGUUUACAUUUUAUAAGAACAGUUUAUAAUCUUAAGAGACAUAAUUUUAAAAGGAAUCGAGAUGAAACAGGAAGACUAGCAAAUCCAAGUGGCAACUCUUUCUUACCUAACACAACACAGUACUGUUACAUAAAGACCAGGUGGAAGCUUGCUGUGGGGAUUAUUCUAGGAGGGGAGGAGCUAAAUGACGGUUUGUCUGAGCCAAGAACAUGAAGGGGGUCUCAGUGUCUCACUUCUCUUUUAAGGCUCAGCCAGCUUCCCCAGCGGAACUUGCUGAUGGAUUAACAGACUCAGUUUCUCAAGUCUGUUUGUCUUCUGCUCUCCUGCUGUCUGCUGCCUUGGAAAUAGAUCUCUUGAGGCAACCACCUCUCCUUGCCUUGCUUUGGGGUUGCAUCAAUGCAAAAUGAACUUUUAAAAGUAGGAGCAGUAAAACAACAGACUAUAUGCAAGUGGCAGGGAAGGGGGGGAAAUCUGAAAAUGAUGUUCUCUGUUGUAUCAAGACUCCUUUGCUUCUGGUAAAUUGCACUGAUUCUGUUACUCUGCAGUUUUGCAGAUCAUGGAUUUGCAUAAAUUCAACUGUGAUCUAUAUAUUUUAAAAUGAAAUUGUGUUUCUUUAUUUGAUUUAACUGUGCAGUCUUAUGCACCAUUUGGCAUACAUAUAAAUGCAUUUUAUUUACCAUCCCCCUUUAAAUUGGUAGCACUUGUCCUGAUGUAAAAGACAUACAGCAAAUUUACAUAAUGCCCAUAUAAGACCUUUUUUAAUGAAAAGUCUUAAAUUAAGAGUGCUAUAAAUAUAUUAGUAAUCAAAGAGCAAAUAAUACCAGUGAACAUAUCUCUGCAGAGCAGUUGUUGAGAUCCAUUUCUUACUGUCAGUGUCAGUGCAUGGCAUACAGUCCUAAUUAACAUGUUGAAUUUAAUGUUUAAAUUUUAAUAAAUUUAUAUGCAAUGAAACGCUUUCAUUCAGGCCUACAGUUCCUUGAAAUGAAUAAUUGCUUUUCUCUGAUGUACAAAUAUAUUGUUUUGUUGGGAAAAAAUAGGCAUUUUGCAUACUGCAGUAUCAGUCAAAUGAGCUCUGACAGUUCUCAGUUCAGAAGAAGCUUGUGCUAAAAGUGUUAAAACUUGAAUAACAAGACUGUAUUGGUUUUAAUCUUCAGAUGUUUUGUAAGAAUCUUAGGGCCUGGGCCAAAGGAAUCUCUCAGUGAAGAGGUCAUCAUCCAUUUUAGAAUAAGUUUGCACAUGCUGCUUAGGAACCAAAGAUGGUUCAUGUUCAGGAACACUUACUGAAGUGUGUAGAACCUAGAUAUAAUCAAGCUACAAACAGCUGUUCAAAUACCAAUGUUUUCAGAGUCAUUUCUUCACUGCACAUGGAGGCCUGGAUCCUUUGUGUUGCUAGAAUAAUUCUAUCCAUUGUAUUUGUACCUUGCUCUUCCUCCAAGGAGAUUAGGAACAUAAAGUCAUCACAUUUUAUCUUCAGAACCACCUUGUUUUGAGGGACAGUAAUUUGCCUAAGAUCUCCAGAUUGGCUAGGGAUUUGAAUCCAGAUCGCACAGGCCACAUUUCAACAUGCUAGCCAAUACACCACAUUGACUGUUCUUGUGUUUGUAGCAGAUGAGAACUUACUUAUAUGUUGCUACCACAGUUGCACUGCAUUGCUUGCAAGGCAACAUUUUAAGAAAAUUUGGUGGUUCCUGCCCAAUAAAAAGAUUUGAGGAAGUAGAGAAAGCUAAUAUUGCCUGAGAUGAGAGCUGUGAUUUUGUCCCACAUAAAUUUGGAGAAUUUGUCCAGGAGAAACAACUCAGAAUUUUUGUGGGAAGGAAGGUGGUUAUAUAAGAUUAGUGAAAUUUCUCAGGGCAUUCCUAGUUGGUGUGUGUGUGAAUUCAAUUGACUGCCUUGGUCUUUUUUGUGCCUUGGAGAAUACCAAACAUAACUGUUUGGGGAAGAAUCUAAAGCCAAAGGAAACAUUUCUAUCACCUGAAGGUGGCCUGCAUUUUGAGGGUUAUAUGGAGAACUCAAAAGCUUGUUCCCUAUAUUUGACAUUUUGAUUGCUCCUAAUAGGUAUAUUUGCCUAACUCCGGAUUUUGAAGCUUUUUCUUAUGGACCAACAUAUCUUUCUUUGUUUUUAUUCUUUCAGUAUCUUCAAAUCCAACACUUCUUAACAGUGGCAAGCAAGAUGACUAAGAACUUAUUAAAUUCAGUUUUCAUAGUUUAAAGAAAAAGGCAGUUUCUAGCUCAGAUACUACUUGGGAGAGAUUGCACUAGAAUUAAGUCCUAUAUUAAGUCCUAUACAGGGGUACCUCAGGUUAAGUACUUAAUUCGUUCCGGAGGUCCGUACUUAACCUGAAACUGUUCUUAACCUGAAACACCACUUUAGCUAAUGGGGCCUCCCGCUGCUGCCGCGCCACCGGAGCCCAAUUUCUGUUCUUAUCCUGAAGCAAAGUUCUUAACCUGAAGCACUAUUUAGCGGAGUCUGUAACCUGAAGCGUAUGUAACCUGAAGCGUAUGUAAUCUGAGGUACCACUGUACAGUGCAAUCCUUUGCAUGCCUACGCAGAUACCACUUUGUUUUCUCAGACUCAGUUCCAGGAAAGUGUGUAUACAGUUGCAAUCUUACCACUCUUCCCCAGAAGUAAUCCCCACUGAGCUGAUGGAACUUACUUCUGGGUAAACUUGCAGAGGAUUGUGCUGUAAACAAUGUAAGACAAUGGAGGGGGAGUUCGACACUUCAUGUCUCACCAUCUCAAAGCAGUAUUUUCUUUGCAUCACAAUGGCACCUAAUACCUUGGAAGUUAAACAGUAUUUAUGGAAUGAUUUAACACAGCUAUUAGUACUGUAAUGAGAUUUCAUGCAUCUGGAGAGAAUAUGAAAGCUAAGAAGUCUGGGGGAAAUAUCCUUGAAAUCAUCAGAGCAAUGCUAGGAUUUUUAUUCCAAAGGUUCUUCUGGCCUGUUAUUACACGAAGGAUUGUGUAGUCGGGGAGGGGAGUGAGAAUCAAGAUGUAGUCUUAAAUCUCUAGCAGCAGUCAAGCUACUAUAUACAAAAUAUUGAAAUGCAAGCAUAAUACAAUUAGAAAUUGUUAAAACUACUAUUAAUUGGUAAAAUUAACUUUAUGUAAAGGACAGGAGAUUCCUGGAAAAGUAAAAUAGUGAGUGUCUCCUUGUUGUAGAUAAUAUGAAGCGGAGAUGUAUGAGAGCAGAAUAUAUAAAGAAUUUGUGACUUCAUAUGAAUUAUGUUGUCACAUAUUCUGUACUUUAAAUAUUAUAAAUAGUUAAUUUUUAAUAUAUUUAUGAUAUUGCUAUACAGACAGGCAGAUAGAUACUAGAAAUAGGAAAGGCACUUCUAGAUCAGACCAAAAGCCUACACAGUCCAGCUCUGUUCUCACACUGGCUAUCCAAAUGCCUGUAGAAGUCCACAAGCAAGGCACAGAUGCAGUAGCGCACUCCCACUCACGUUCUCAGCAACAGGCAUUCUGAGGCAUAUUAUGAGAAGGAAUCCCCUGUUUGAAGCAGAUGGAAUGGGAGCAAGCAGUUAAAACCUCUUGUGCACGAUCCCUUCCUCAGUUCAGUUCUUCCUCCUGUGGCUGCUUUUAGCUCCUAGAAAACCUUGAUUUUGGAUCUCCUGUUUAAUCUCAGUUUGACUCAGUAUUCAGAUCCAGUGGACUGAAUUGGUGCAUAACAAGUUAUAUGAAUGAAAAAAGCCGCUUCAGGUGACAAAUUGUGCACAUCACAAAAUGGAGGCAAACAGUCAGUGCUUUCACACUCUGAUUAGUCAUUUCCUAGUUUGUUGCUGAGAAACCAUAAUUUACUGUUCAUCCAAAUCUGCAAACUUAUGUUUGCCCUCCAAACCAGAAUUUCAGACCAGCUUAAGGAAUAGUUUAGAGGGAGAAUGUAAACCAUAGUUUGCUCCCCCCCCCAAUGUCACAGCAAACUAUGGUUUUCCACAAACUACAGCAUAACUAAUCAAAGCACAUGAGCACAAGGCUUGUUCUCAUAACACCAAACCAUGGUUUAGCAGUACAUAAACUGACCUACUUGAAUUAUGUCCUAUAUCUACAUAUAGCUACAAAAAACUUAAUAGAUUUUAAUCUACUUCUGAGUAAGAAAGUUACAAGGCAUUUUGUUUGAUUCCACCAUCACCCUGCCCCCAAAAUUAAUUUCUCUGCUGACAGAAAUGAGCUAUCAUAGGAAAGGUUGAUUUACAAAAGAAGGAAAAAAAGAAAGAAACCCCACCCUCAAACUCCCCCCUCCCAAAAAAAAUCAGAUUUGACUUUUCUGAUUAAUGGAUCCUUUAUAUAGUAGGAUAAUACAUUUUCUAUGGAAUGCUCUAGUACAAUAAGACUAAGAGGGCUAUGAAUAAUAGUCAAUAUGAUAACAGCAUCAGUAAAUUACCGCACAUAGGACAGGAUUAUCCUGUAAAAUGUGAGUGUUUCAAGUUAAAUUUGUUUAUGAUAUCUAUAAUUAUCUGCCACUUGGAUACCCUUCUCAGCAGGUUGAACAAGUACACAAAGCUUAACAGAGUUUGAAAUAAAAGAAGUGUUUGGUCUACCCUUGGGUUGUUCCAUUGUUGAUGUAAAAGAGAGCAGCUGCUAGCCAGCCAGGAAGUGGAGUGACGGUGUGUAGAGUAACUGAUAAUCUUCCUGCUACCAGCCAGUUGAAUUGCCACCUUGUUUUUCCCCACCCCACCCCAUUCCACUUGCUGGUGGGAACCCAAAAGCCUAUUCAGUUCCCCAAGUGUAGCUUUCAGGUUGACACUACUGCAUCAUGGGCUUCUACCUUGUUUAAAACUGCUGCAAACAUUCCCCACAAGAGGUAGGCAACCAGAGGGUGGUGGGUAAAUGAUUGAAACAUCUGCUGUCCAUUGUUUUGAGCUUUGCCAAAGACAAAGAAGACCUUAGUCCCGAAUGCCCCACUUCCAGAGUGCAGAAAAUUUGCAAUGCUUUCUACUCACCUUGCCUUCUGAUCAGAGGCAAAGUGGUAACAAUCUGUUGGUGAAUCAAUUUAUGUUUGCAACUUGAUAACCCAAGAAACAGCUAACAUGAGGUGCAAUCUAAUAAAAAGGUAAGGAAUUUUAGGUUAAACUGAUCUUGUGGGAAGAGCUAAGCAUCAAUGAAGGCACAAUAUUAGGCUAACUAAUGUUACCAGUUAAGCAGCUGUUCCUAUUGAAAUCAAUCUAAAACUGAUUUAAUUUUGGCUGGAUUAUGUUCCAGGUGUACCAUUUUUAAAAGUAUGUGAAUUAUGCUGCUCAGCACUCCCACUCCAAUGGUUUAGGCUUAUGCCAACACUGAAACAUAAACUUCCUCAUCUACCUUAUGCAUGAAAAUUAUAACUGCUUUUUUAGAAAGUUACUUAAGUUCAACAUUAAAUUAUAAGCGUCUACUGAAAGCAGACAUUGCAUAGUACGGGGGCGGGGAACAGCUUAAUAAUGUAUUUUUCCUUUAUAUGGGUGUAAUCCCAUUGAUGGCCUUGUGUUCAUGGAGUGAUCCAGUGGGUGCUUCCACUAAUGGAAAAAGAGGGAAGAAGUAUUUGCCAGCUUCAUCCCCUCCCAGAAAUGGGCUCCAGAGAAUUGAGGGACCUCCCAGAACAAGGUUGAAGGCAGUGGGGGAGGGCUACAAUGGGGAGGGUAAAUUCACAAAUAUUGGUUCCAUCCUAUAGUAGGUGUUCAUAAUUUGCAUUUCCUUGUCUAGGGAAAAGGAAGGUGUGGAUUCAGUAACAGCUGUAUCAUACUUUCUUGGUCUUUCCUAGUUUGACCUUGUGUACUCUUCAUGCAGUCAGGAGCCCCUUGGCUGAUUUUCCAGAGGAUGAUCCAAAACAGAGUUAGAAAAGUAAUCCCUUGGAGGGCUGCUAAAAGUGAGAAAAGUCUCUCUUAUCAAGGUAUUUAAUAGAACUUCCCAGCUGCAAAAGCCUUUGGAAGUGGGAUUCAGCAGCUCUCAUUUAAGCUCUGAUCAACUUUAUUUUGGAUUAUUGUAACGUGUUAUGGUUGCCUUUUAAAAUGGUCUAAACACUUCUACCAGUGCAGAAUGCCGAGACCCAGCUGUUAUAGGGAGAUCAUGUUGCCCCAUUUUGACUGUUAGCUUCUAGGCCCAAUUAAAGUUCCAGUAUUGACCCUACACAGCUUCCUUGAAGAAGAGGCCUGCUCCAUUAACCAUUUCUCCUUCCUUCUUCCAGGCAAUCUAAAUGGCACUAUUCUGUAUGAGUUCCUUCCUUUUGUGAAUCAAGGCUUGCAUGUCACAACAUUUACAGUUAACUCAUACCCCAUCCUUGGAAACUGCCAGUCACAAUGACUGCCUAGCAAUGCUUCUCCCCACCAGACAUGCAUGAAAAGCACCAACAGUGCCAAAAUAAACCUGCAACAUCAGGAACACUGGCUGACAAUGUUACCCAACCUAUUAACUCUAUUUCACACAGAACGGACAAGCAGGCUGCCUGGAAAAACAAAUGUGCACAUGAAUAGGAAGAAUUUAGUUGAGGAAGAAAGCCCCAAGUUACCUAAGUCAACAGAAGGAAAUUUCAUGCAGUGGAGGAGAUGACUGAGAACCAGAUUUGAUAGAGUGGGUAUUUUAGAUUGUAUCAAGAGAGCCAAACCUGGUGAGGCUGAAGCCUUAAAGUUAUGGGAGGAGCAAGAUAAAUUAGCAGUGUCUAUUAUCUAGGAAAAUCCAACAGAUGCCCAAAGGAAAGAAAAACAGCUGCUCAGAUGCUUCAGAACUUGGAAAAGGCAUUUGGAUUUACAAGCAAGCACUCACAUCAUGAGAGAUUCAUUUAGGGCAUGAAUCCAAGGAGGACUGUAAAAAUCAUGAAACACAGUUCCUAACCAUUAUUGAAAAGAUAUAAAUUUCCUAAUACAAAAUGGAUGAGGAAUGCAGAAUUAGUUAUUUCCUGGGGUCACUAGGACACAAAUUUGUUAUGUUUAUAGCUCACAUGGCUAUAACAUUCCAAACUUACCACUUGGUGAUGCAGUUGGACACCUUAGAGGAAAAUGUGAAAAGGAGCGAACACUCUUGAAUCAGGAAUGGAAGUGACACAAUUUAUGUGUCCCAAUCCCAGAAGAGAGUCAAGGCCAUAUCCAGAAAUGUUGUUUGCUACAGUUUCUACAAAGAGGGAUACAUAGCCAAAUUUUAUAAAGCACAAAAGUCAAAGAAAUUCCCUGAAAACAAGCAACCAAGACAAAAUAAGGGGAACAACAGAUGAAUCUAACUGCAAAUUUUAAUGAUGAGAAAUGAAACAAAUGGUUGAUUGAUUCUGGGUGCCCUUCACACAUGAGUUAUGAUAAAAAUUUCUUUGGAGGCAUUAACAAUCAGUAGAUGGUAAUAUCCAAAUUGCAGAGCACAAAACCAUAAAGGUAUGUGGCACAGGUUCAUGAACCUUAAAUUGCAAGCUAAGCAAUGAACUGAGAGAGAAUACAGUGCAGCAGGUCCUGUAUGUCCCACAAUUGAAAUAUGUCUGCUUUGGACUGAAAAGGUUUUGAUAGGCUGUUUAAAUAUGGGAAGUGCCAAGUGACCAGAGAUGGGGGCACACUUAACUAAUGGUGUAUAUGAGACCAAUCUUUCAGGACCCCAGAAGGAUGAAGUCAGAAGGAUGAAGCAGAUCCAGAAAUUUGGCACAGAACCUCUCCUUUCCAUCAAUGCUGAGGCAGCCAGCUGUCUCCUGAGCAGGCUUAAGGAAGGCAGGGCCCCCUACAUGGCUGGACGGGCACCGGCAGAUGUUUUGGCAACAGGGAGAGUCGGGGAGAAUGCCAGCCUCAUGGAGGAAGAGCCGCUGAAGCCCAACAAGCUGGAGUGACUGGCCAGCUGUGGCAAAUCACCUGUCUCACGCAGCACCAAAAUACAUUUUUCUUUCAGUGCUGCGUGAGCCAGGAAAUCCAUAGGGCACUGCGGCACCAAAGGACGUGCAUCUUCUGGUGCCAUGCUACCCUGUUGACCUGGUGAUUUGUGCAGCAGCAAAACAGGCAUAUCUUUUUGUUCCCUGCUGCCCCAAAGUCCAGCUGAAUGGUGCAGCAUUGCAGCCACGCCAGCCAGCCAGCCAGAUGGAGAUGUUAGGCACCAAACUUGGCACUGGAACCAUACAACACUGGUCCUAAAGGCUCCCAGUAUGUUUCCGAGCACAAUUCAAAGUCUUGGUGCUGACCUUUAAAGUCCUAAACAACCCUGGCCCAGUACACCUGAAGGGGAUAUAUAGUCUCCACCCCCAUCAUUCAGUUUGGACACUGAGGUCCACCUACAAAGGCCGCCUGGUGGUUCCCUCCCUGCGAGACGUACAGGGAACCAGGCAGAGGGCCUUCUCAGCAGUGGCGCCCUCCCUGUGGAAUGCCCUCUCAUCAGAUGUCAAGGAGAUAAAGAACUGCAAAACUUUUAGAAGAUAUCUGAAGGCAACUCUGUUUUUAAUGUUUAACGUUUUAUUAUGUUUCAAAAUUCAAUAAAUUAUUAUUAAUAUUAUUAAUAAUAUUAAGCUGGAAGCCACCCGGAGUGGCUGGGGAAACCCAGCCAGAUGGCUGGGGUAUCAUCAUCCUCCUCCUCCUUUUCCCUUCUUUUCAAAAGGCCAGUUGCUUGUCACAAAAUGCUGCUGGCGCCUGGUUAAUUUCAAACACUGAACAGAACUCAGAUGCAGAGAGAAGGUUUAGGUCUCUUUGGAAAUGACAAGAUGCAUGCUGACUGAUGCAGGCCUUCCCAAGUACAUGUGGGGAGAUGCAGUAGCCACUGCUGUGUAUCUCCAAAACUGUCUGCCAACCAAGGGAGCUACACAAACCGACCUGAAGCUUUAUUAUGAGGCAGCCUGCCUAUUCUGGAUAAGGGAUUGAUGUCUACUCCAAAAUAUGAGCUUGGUUGAUAUGGAAGGGCAUGACAAUUGUUUUGGUUGGCAUGCCUACCCUAACUACGACAAGACUAAGGCACACAAGGGAUUUUUUAAUCAUAUUAUUAGAAAAGCGCUAUAUAUGGUUUGGAUAAAAUAUAAAGACCUGAUUGAACCUAAAACCCCAUGGUGGAUCUCCCCCUUGGAGGCUAAUGCAGUAAAGAAAAGAAAAGAAUAUGCAGAUAGGCUGGCUCACGUAUAAGUCAUUAUUAAUGGAGGAAGGCACCCAACUAAAUUUAAAGCAGUAUGAUGAUAUGAAAGAACAUUUUUCAGGAUGGCUACGGUACUUCCAACUAAACGAGACCUUUAAACUUGAUAAAAAGAAGGGCUUUGCCAAAGAACCCUCUAAAUUGGAAACAGAAUUGUUAAAUAAUAAAACUAAGAUACUUCCUAAAAUGUACCGACUCCUCCUUGACUGGGAAGUCAAGGAGGAGGAGGUCAAAUAAGUGAUGAUUAGGUGGGCCCAGGACGUUGGUCAUACUAUUCUGAUGAGUGACUGGGAAAAUUUGUAGAAAACGAAUAUGAAAUUUACGGCCUGUUAUAAUAUUAAGGAAAAUCUCAUGAAAAUGCAGUUCAGGUGGUAUUUGACGCUGUCAAAGCUAUCUAGGAUGUAUAAAAAUAUCCUGAGCACAUGCUGGUGGUGUGGAGAUACAGAAGGAAAUAUGUACCACAUGUGGUGGCUCAGUAUAAAAAUUAAAGAAUUAUGGAAUAUCGUAAAUGAUGAACUGAAAAGAAUGAUGCAAGUAUCUUUUCCAAAAAAGCCGGAGGCCUUCCUUCUAGGCAUCUUAGAUAAAAAAAUACCAAAAGGGCUUAAGGAAUUUUUUCUAUAUGGCACGGCGGCUGCAAGGACCCUGGUUGCAAUGAAUUGGAAGGGGGAAAGGGUUCCUUCCAAAUCAGAGUGUUUAAACAUUUAGAAUACGUUGAGAUGGCACAGAUGACAAGAGAGGCAAUUCAAAUCAAUGCUUUAUUCAGAAAUGGGACAUGUUUAAAAAAUAUUUACAGAACUAUAAUCAGGGUGUGGCAACUAUGGCAGCAUUUGAAUGAUCUCUGUAAACAAUACAGUGUUUGAAGUAAAAUUAGAGAAAAGGAUUAGUGAAAAAUAUGUAAGGUGUAUGAUAAAUUUGAUUGAAUUAUGAAAUCUACAAAUGUUUUGCAGAAAAGGUAAACUCAUUGGGUGUUGACAGGAAGUCAUGUAUAAAGCUAUAAAAUACAGAAUAACAGAAUAGAAGAUGAUUGCUAUUUUGGCCUAUUUAAAAGUUUUUACUGUUUUUUCUUGUGUUUUUUUCUGUUCUUUUUUUCUCAAGUUGUAAUGCACACUUUAUGUUAUGUUUAUUUUUGAGCUUAAUCAAAAAAGCACAUUUAUUCCCAAAAAAAUUCACUGAACAGAACUCAGAUGCAGAGAGAAGGUUUAGGUCUCUUUGGAAAUGACAAGAUGCAUGCUGAAUGAUGCAGGCCUUCCCAAGUACAUGUGGGCAGAUGCAGUAGCCACUGCUGUGUAUCUCCAAAACUGACUGCCAAUCAAGGGAGUUACACACACCUUUUGAACUUUGGCAUGGAAGAAUACCUAACUUGUCACACAUAAGUAUAUUUGGCAGUAUUGCUUAUGCUUUUGUACACAAAGAGAGCAGGCACAACCCAGACUCCAGGGCAGAACAAGGAAUUAUGGUAGGAUAUGCUUCUGGGGGCAAAAAUGAUAAAAGUUAUGGACUUAAAAACAGGAAAGGUCAGCGUAAGACGUGGUUCAUUUUGAUGAGCACAGUAAAGCUGAUAAAAGAGGAACUGUGAUAGAUUAUUCUCAGCAGUCAGUGAAAGAAACACAAGACCCUUUGUACUUUUCACAAUACGUAGCAGUCCAGAUCUAGCUUUUACUUUCAUACCUUCUAGCACAGAUGAUGAACAGAAAGAAGCAGCAGAAAACCAGACUCCAAAUAGCACCACCGGAGGGGAUGAGAUGGAGAGUGAUGUCAAGAUACUACCACUGGAGGGUGAAUAUGAGGAUGUUGAUGCAAUUCCAGAACCAGAGGUCUGAAAGACUCAACAGAAGUGUUCCACCUCUGCGACUAUCCUGCAUUGCAGGGUUGGAGCAGCCCCUAGAACCUUCCACCUGGGAAGAGAUAGAGCAGAUGCCAGUCGCUGAAGCUGCUCUGUGGAAAGAUGCUAUGCAGGAGGAGUUUGAUGCCCUGCACCAGAACAAGACCUGGACCCUCACCAAGCUGCCUCCUGGGAAGAAGGCAAUUGGAAGUACUCCAGAUAAAGCAGGGUGCAGAAGGCAAAGUUCAGUGCUGCAAAGCAAGGCUUGUGGGGAAAGACUUCCUUCCAAAGUUUGGAGAGGACUGAUGAAACUUUUGCUCCAGUAUUCAGAUACACUACUUUAGAACACCUUUAGAAUUUUACAUGAAGCAGCCGAAUGGUUUUGUCAAACCAAAUAAAUCUAAUUUAGCUGCUGUUGGAUGAGAAUUUGCAUAGCAUGUUCAUACAGCUCACACAGGUCACACACAAGGUCACACAGACAAGUGUUUGUACACAAAACACAAAAAUGGACGAUGUCCUUAUGUUCUAGCAUUUGUGGAUGACCUGAUCAUUGCAACUAAGAGUGACUGAGAUUUAGUAGCAAAGGAUGUGUCAGUCGGAGAAUCAGGAAAAGUCUCCUACUACCUAGGAGUCUAAAUUGAAAGAGGAGGAUCAGAGGAUGGAUCCAGUCUUCCAAGCCAAAAACAAGUUGUUGAAUUGCUUGGCAGGCUGAAGCUGUAACCAUACCUAUAGCUUCUGAUUUUCUAAAGAGCCAAUAUGAAUCUAAACUCUUAAUUGACAGCAAUCAGUACAGGUCAGUGAUAGGAAAACUUUUGUACAGUGGUACCUCGGUUUCCAAAUAUCUUAGAUCCUGAACAACUCAGAACCCGAAUGCUGCAAACCCGAAGAAGGUAUUCCAGUUUUCGAACUUUGCCCAGGUAGCCGAAUGUGCUCCUGAGCUUCCAUUUUUACUGUUGCACAGCAAAUUUGAGUCCCCCACAUAGUAAUUAAGGCUUUCCCCCUCUCGUUUUGCCCUUAAGCAGCAAAAUUAAGUACGCCCCAUCAUAAAUAAGACUUUUUCCAUUCCGUUUUUACCCUUAAGCUGCAAAUUUAAGCCCCCCCCCCAUCGUAAAUAAGGCUUUCCCCCUCUCAUUUUACCCUUGCACCACAAUUUUUUAAAAAAACCCAUCGUAAUGAAGGCUUUCCCCCUCUCGUUUUACCCUUAAGCAGCAAAUUUAAGUCUCCCCCGCCCCAUCAUAAUUAAAGCCUUCCGUUUCUGAUUGUAGUGUUCUGAGGUGAUAUUUGGUCUUUUGUUUUCACUAUUUUUUAUGUUUUUGUGUGCCUUUUUUAUCUUUGUGUCUGGCUUGUUUUUCGUUUUAUGAUUGAAUGAUUGAUUGAUUGUGUGACUGUAGAAAUGGAUAAAAGCCCCCUAUCCAAACAAUUACUAUCGGUGCAGGUAAGAAAAAAAAUUAUUUUAAUUUUUAUCAUCUACAAUACUGUCCUAUUUAUUUUAUAGUGCAGAACAUUGAUUAUUGCUUUCAUUUUGUGGAUCAAUGGUCUCAUUAGUAAAAUUCAUGUUGCUGUUUUAGGGGUUGUUUUUAAAAGUAUGGAACGGAUUAAUCUGUUUUGCAUUACUUUCUAUGGGAAAGUGCUCUUUGGUUUUGGAACGGACUUCCAGAACGGAUUAAAUUUGAGAACCAAGGGACCACUGUAAUUGACCACAACAAGUAGAGCAGAUAUUGCAAAACGCAGUGGAGUAAGCUAUCAAAAGAGUUGUGCAGAUAUCUGAUGGGAACAAAGAACUGCAAACUUAAGCUGCCAGCAGACAGUAAUCUUGAACUGGUAGGUUACUUGGACGCUGAUGGACUGGGGACACUAAAGACUAUAAGUAAAUAGGUGGUUAUGUUAUUUGGAAAUGGUUCCAUUUCUUGGGACAGUUAUAAACAAAAUUGUGUAGCUUUAUCUUCUACAGAAUCUGAGUAUGUAGCUGCUACUGAGGCAUGCAAAGAGCUAGCCUAGCUCAACCAACUGGUGUAGGAGAAGCCCAUUCAGCUGAUGGGGGAUAACCAGAACUGUUUGAAGCUAACACAGAUCAAGAGGUUCCAUACAACAACCAAGCAUAUUGGAGUGAAGUACCACUUUGUGUGUGAGGGGAUGCAAGAUGGACUUGUCGAGUUGACCUAUUUGCCAUACCAAAGAGAUGACAGAUGAUAUUCUCACCAAACCUCUACAUAGAGAUAGCUUUGAGAACCUUCAAAUCAUGAUGGGACUCUGGGUGGCUGAGUGGUUCUAUUUGUCUGAGAACGGGUUUGUGGGAGAUUUGCAUCCAAAACUAACAGUGCAUACUUUUGUUAGAUCUAGGGUCUAACAACCACAAAUUUAGUAAUAAUAAUAAUAAUAAUAAUUAUUAUUAUUAUUAUUUAUACCCCGGCCGAGACUGGGCUCAGGGUAGCUAACACCAAAUAUAUAAUACAUUAAAACACAAAAUCAAACGAUUAAUUCAAAAUACAAUUCGAGUCACAUUUAAAAUCAAAUUAAAAUUAAGUGGGAACCCACAAAUCAUAACUGUAGGGGUAAGGAAUUAAAAGUUCAAAUUUCUAGACAAUUGGAUUCAGACCAUAGAAUGUAAUUGGUAGAAAGGGGUCUGUGUGAUGUCUUUUCCCAUGGUGGGAAGGAUUAAAGAUAUAUUAGCCUCCCUCCUCAUUCUUCCCAGGAUGGAGACGGGCCAGGCAUGUGUCUGUGCUCCAUCUGAGCCGGGACUUCAUUUUAGAAGCUAAUUUUGUAUUUUGUAACUUAGAAGUAGUUUUUAACUGCCUUAUUUUGGUUGCUGCUACAGCUCAAAUCAAGUGAAGUACUUUAUGUAAGUAAAUACUUUUUAUGUUUA